AAGUAGAGUAAAGCUUUAGAUAUGCCUUUUUGUCGGAAUGCAGCAAAUACUUCCCAACUGUAGGCCCUUCAAUACGCAUCGGGCAGUGCAGGUGGCCAAGCGCAAUGUUGAAAAGGAAUACUCCGUUGUGGGCACGUGGGAGCAACCAAACGUUACCCUGACAGUGUUGGAAAGAUACAUUCCGCGGUAUUUCAAUCAUGCUCCAUAUCUGCACAACUUGCACAAACACAGCUACAGUAAACACAAUCGCCAAUAUGCAAUCGAUGCCGAUGUUAGGGCUAUGGUAAGGCGAAAUUUUACCCGGGAAUAUGAUUUCUACUAUUUCUGCAAGCAGCGUCUAUAUAAACAAUAUUUGGCACUGCAGCUGGAGCAGAUUAUCGCUUGAUUCGAAACUCAAACGGAGGAUCACAAGUGAAAUCCCAAAGUGUACCAAAAUUGCAUUUAUAAUAAAUAUGUCUUUUAACAAUAUAUCAAGCUGUUUUCUUUAAAUGUCAGAUGAAUCUUCCCUUGUUGCAUUUUAAUACAAAAAGUUAACGCUUUGUGAGCUCUUAAAAGUGUGUGUAGUUGGUAUGUCCAGAGUUCUAGAAAUUUGACUCUAUUGCAUAGAGGAAUUAUAUCCUCUUGAAAUGAUUUCCCACAGAACACCAAUUAAAUAUCAAACACCAAGGAAUGUAAGGUAACUAUGGAUUAUGCUGAUGUGGAAUGACACAGAAGUUAGGAAACACUCCCCGAUUAUUAUAAAAUACACUUCCUAAU